CCAUUCUUUUCGUUCUUAAUGGGUACAAGUCAGGUUGUGUGUGUGUGUCCAGAGCCUGGCUUUUGUGGGGAGGCGAAAGCAAGAGGCUUUGUCUCAGGCAUAAGAAGAUUCUCACCCUAAUUUAGCUGGCUGUUCUCUUUCACUAUGGGGGAGCUCUUCCGGAGUGAAGAAAUGACCCUUGCCCAGCUUUUUCUUCAGUCUGAAGCAGCAUAUUGCUGUGUCAGUGAAUUGGGAGAACUUGGAAAGGUCCAGUUUCGAGAUCUAAACCCAGAUGUGAAUGUGUUCCAGCGUAAAUUUGUUAAUGAAGUCCGAAGGUGUGAAGAAAUGGACAGGAAACUCAGGUUUGUGGAAAAAGAAAUUAAAAAGGCCAAUAUUCCUAUCACAGACACUGGUGAGAAUCCAGAGGUACCAUUUCCCCGUGACAUGAUUGAUUUGGAGGCAAACUUUGAAAAGAUUGAAAAUGAGCUGAAAGAGAUCAACACCAACCAGGAAGCCCUGAAAAGGAACUUCUUAGAGCUGACAGAAUUAAAAUUCAUAUUGCGCAAAACUCAGCAGUUUUUUGAUGAGGCUGAAUUGCAUCAUCAGCAGAUGGCGGAUCCUGAUUUAUUGGAGGAGUCCUCGUCGCUACUGGAGCCAAGCGAAAUGGGAAGGGGAACACCACUGCGACUGGGAUUUGUGGCUGGUGUUAUCAACCGUGAGAGAAUCCCUACCUUUGAGCGAAUGCUGUGGAGAGUAUGUCGUGGAAAUGUCUUCUUGCGUCAAGCAGAAAUUGAAAACCCACUGGAGGAUCCAGUUACGGGUGAUUACGUGCACAAGUCUGUAUUCAUCAUUUUCUUCCAAGGUGACCAGCUGAAAAACAGAGUCAAGAAGAUCUGUGAAGGAUUCAGGGCUUCUCUUUACCCCUGUCCAGAAACACCACAGGAAAGGAAGGAAAUGGCUGCAGGAGUCAACACCAGGAUUGAUGACCUUCAAAUGGUGCUGAACCAAACAGAGGAUCAUCGGCAGAGGGUUCUGCAGGCUGCGGCAAAGAAUGUCCGUGUCUGGUUCAUAAAGGUGCGCAAGAUGAAGGCAAUCUAUCACACUCUGAACCUCUGCAACAUUGAUGUGACCCAGAAAUGCCUCAUAGCUGAAGUCUGGUGUCCUGUUGCUGACCUUGACUCCAUCCAGUUUGCUCUCAGGCGUGGAACAGAACACAGCGGCUCCACCGUGCCCUCCAUUCUAAACAGGAUGCAGACCAACCAGACUCCUCCUACAUACAACAAGACCAACAAAUUCACUGCUGGGUUUCAAAACAUAGUAGAUGCCUAUGGCAUUGGAACCUAUCGAGAGAUCAAUCCAGCUCCAUACACAAUCAUCACCUUCCCGUUCCUGUUUGCUGUGAUGUUUGGGGAUUUUGGCCAUGGAAUUCUUAUGACAUUUUUUGCUGUGUGGAUGGUGAUUAGGGAAAGCCGUAUCCUGUCACAGAAGAAUGAUAAUGAGAUGUUCAACACCAUUUUCAGUGGCCGGUACAUCAUUCUCCUGAUGGGAUGUUUUUCCAUUUACACUGGCCUGAUUUAUAAUGACUGUUUCUCGAAGUCCCUCAAUAUGUUUGGGUCAUCCUGGAGCGUUCGGCCAAUGUUUCAGAAAAGCAACUGGUCAGAGGCUCUUCUCAAGGAGUAUCCUGUGCUUCAGCUUGAUCCUGAUAUUGAAGGUGUCUUUGGUGGGGCAUACCCAUUUGGCAUAGAUCCAAUCUGGAAUAUUGCCACCAACAAGCUGACGUUCCUCAACUCUUUCAAGAUGAAGAUGUCAGUCAUUCUUGGUAUCAUCCACAUGACCUUUGGGGUCACUCUCAGUCUUCUCAACCACAUCUACUUCAAGAAACCUCUGAAUAUCUACCUUGGGUUUAUCCCUGAAAUUAUCUUCAUGUUAUCGCUAUUUGGCUAUCUGGUCAUCCUCAUCUUCUAUAAAUGGACAGCCUAUGAUGCUAAGAACUCAAUGCAUGCACCCAGCCUUCUCAUCCACUUCAUCAACAUGUUUCUCUUUUCCUAUGACCCUAAGGACACAAUGCUUUAUAAAGGGCAGAAAGGUCUCCAGUGCUUCCUGGUAGUGGUGGCAAUGAUGUGUGUACCAUGGAUGCUUGUUGCCAAACCCUUGGUCCUUCGCCAGCAGUACUUGCGAAGAAAGCACUUGGAAGGGCAGCCCGCGGAGCCCCCUGUCAACCCAGCCCAGAGCCCGCAGGCAGUAGAGGCAGCAGCGGGUGCAACAGGGACGCUCAAUUUUGGCGGCAUCCGUGUAGGCAAUGGACCAACUGAAGAAGAUGCUGAGAUAAUCCAACAUGACCAGCUUUCAAUCCAUUCAGAGGAGGGAGAAGAGCCUACUGUGGAGGAAGUGUUUGACUUUGGGGAUACCGUAGUCCACCAGGCCAUCCAUACCAUUGAAUUUUGCUUGGGAUGCAUCUCCAACACAGCCUCAUACCUGCGCCUCUGGGCACUUAGUCUGGCUCAUGCACAGCUCUCUGAGGUCCUCUGGACAAUGGUGAUGCACGUGGGGCUCAGUGUGAGCAGCUUGGCUGGUGGUUUGGGGCUGUUCUUUGUAUUUGCUGCCUUUGCGACCCUGACAAUAGCCAUCUUACUCGUCAUGGAGGGCCUUUCGGCUUUUCUGCAUGCCCUCCGCCUGCAUUGGGUGGAAUUCCAGAACAAAUUCUACAUGGGUACAGGGUUCAAGUUUCUUCCUUUCUCGUUUGACAGCAUCCGUGACGGGCGGUUUGAUGAAUAAUCUUCUUGGAGACCUACUCUGGCAGCAAACCUCAACUCCUUCCUACAUGUAUAUGUUUCUCUCUGUGUGUUGAGUUUACCUGCAUGAUAGUCUGACGUUCUGCAGCAAUCCUGUUGUGGCCACAAACUGCUAGUGUGAUAGUGAAUUGCUUUGCUUUGAGCACUUUAGUGAUGGGAGAAAAAGAAUAAAAGGGAACCUAGAAGAAUUUAGGAGUGCUACUGCAAAUAUGCAGUGUAGUCUUGGCAGCUGUUUGGGUGGGGCAUUGUCCUGCAGGUUGCAUAGAUAGAGAAUGAAAGGGGUUAUCAUGGAAGAGGACAUUUGAUGGUUGUUGCCAUCAGUUUCAUAACAGGCAUGCUAGCAAUUCCGUCUGGUAGCUGGAAGCAAUCCAGAUUUCUAGCCCUGUGUGUUCCUUUGAAGUGAGUUGAGGGUAAGCAUUUCUUUUGCAUACAUCUUUUCUUAAUGGAAGUGCCAUUCACCCAUUUCUUGUACACUUGUCUCUCCUGAACUCUAAAAUAGCACUCUGGAUUUCUUUCUACAAGGCCAGAUUGUUUUCUUUGAUCUAAAAGAUAGCCAUAUACCACUUCAACAUGUUGCUCACAGUGGUGUUUUCCCACAAAAGCACCUCCACUAUUCCUUUCCUGAGUUGAAUCACUAUCAUAAAGUUGGCCUUCCAAAUCAUCACCAUUCACAAAGCAGCAUUUAGAAGGGAAAAUGCUCCACAGUGGCUCCACACAUUCCCAGCCCUAUAACCUCUGAGCAGAACAUUAGCUCCCAUUCCAUCCCCUUCCCUUUGCUCUUGCUCUCCCGUUCUGAAAAUAAAAUUAUUCCCUUUCUACCUCAA